AUGUCCGAAGAAGUCCCCGAGAUGAAGAUUGAUCCAGCCCGAGCCAAGACCCUGGUGUCCCAGCUCCAAGGCGUCGCCGAGAGCGUCGCCGCCCUCUCCAAGGGCAGAACAGUCCGUCUCGUCGCCGUCUCCAAGCUCAAGCCCGCCAACGACAUCCUCGCCCUCCACCAGGCCCCGGCCUCUCACUCCCACUUUGGCGAAAACUACCAGCAGGAGCUCAGCCAAAAGGCCGCCCUCCUCCCCAAGUCCAUCCAGUGGCACUUUAUCGGCGGUCUCCAGUCCGGCCCACCUCCUCAACAAGGCCCGCGGCGACCUCAUCGCCGCCGACCCUCCGUGGCGCCCCUCAACGUCCACGUCCAGGUCAACACCUCGGGCGAGGACGCCAAGUCCGGCUGCCGCCCCGGCCAAGACACCCUCGACCUCGCCCGCGCCGUCGCCCGCGACUGCCCCCACCUCCGCCUCCUCGGCCUCAUGACCAUUGGCGCCAUCGCCCGCAGCCGCGCCACCACCCCGGACAACGAAAACGAGGAUUUCCUCGCCCUCCGCGACCAGAGGGACCUCGUCGCCCGCGACCUCGGCCUCGAGCCCGACGCCCUCGAGCUCAGCAUGGGCAUGAGCGACGACUUUGAGGGCGCCAUCGCCAUGGGCAGCGGCGAAGUGCGCGUCGGCAGCACCAUCUUUGGCGAGCGUCCUGCCAAGGCGGACGCCAAGAUUACGGUGUAG